UCCGUAUUCCAAACCAAAAUUUAUUCAAGGGAAAUGUUGGAGGCGAGCCCUCCCGCUUUGAUCAGAUGGUUUCAUUCGGGUUCACGGCUGCCGGACGCGUGGUGUGUUUAUUCAGUCACCGAGGCACUACCAUUGUGCAAAAAGCACUUCGAACGAUGACUUCUGCAUUGAGACCAAUUGUGGUCAGUGGGCCAUCAGGAAGUGGCAAAAGUACAUUGUUGAAUCGGCUGUUUAAAGAAUUUCCUGACUGCUUUGCUUUCAGUGUUUCACAUACAACUCGCCAGCCCAGAAAGGGAGAGGAGGAUGGAAAAGAUUACUACUUUGUAAAGCGAGAAGAAUUUGAAGAACUUAUUAAAAACAAUGGAUUUCUUGAAUAUGCACAGUUUUCUGGUAACAUGUAUGGAACAAGUAAAAUGGCAGUUCAGACCAUACAAGAAUCAGGAAAACUUUGCAUUCUGGAUGUUGAGAUCAACGGGGUAAAAAGUAUAAAAAAGGCAGGCAUGAAACCAGAACCACGCUUCAUUUUUGUGAAACCACCAAGUAUUGAAAGUUUGAAAUCUAGACUAGAAGGACGAGGAACUGAGACAGAAGAGAGUUUAAAGAAGCGACUGGAAACAGCACAGGAAGCAAUGGAUUAUGCUGCUAAGCCUGGUGCCUACGACCAUAUCAUUGUUAAUGAUGACUUUGAUGUUGCAUAUGAAAAGCUGAGAGGUAUACUUCUGGAGGAUAUUGCAGAACUCAAGGGUGCUAAGCAUAAAGCUCGAAAGUGAAAUAAAUGUGCACUAUGAACAGUGCAUCCAAUAGUAGAAUGCUUAUUGUUAUAUUACAUACUGCAGCCAUUUUACCGUCCUAUAUAAAAUUUUAUUUAAAUGAUUUAGUUGAACGAUAGUAGCAACUUCAUCCAGAUUUUUAGUGUGCACUUUUAUAGAUUUCUUUCAUAUUUCAACUCGUGCGGCAGUACUACUUUUAAAAAAUAAGCUGCUAUAUGUUUACUGAAGGGGGCCCUAUGCUCCUGGAGGAGUAACAAGGAAUAAACUAUACUAUAUUUACUGAAUUGUAAGAAACCAUUACUUUUAAAGUAGCUCAUCCACAGAACAAUGAACUUUGUAAAUUGUUCAGCUGAAAUGAAGUAUUUGAAAAGCAGAAACACUUAUUCGAUCUUGAUUUGAUUCCAGCUUUAAACCAGAUUGAGAAACAAAUUAAAACACUGAGAUAAUACAGUCACACUUUGGACCAAUGAAAGUGUCCCCCCCCCCUAACUUGUAGACGAUUAUUCUGUGAUAUCAUUAAUGUUUUUUUAGUGUGGUGGAUGUAAUUACAGGUAUGCAGUUAAAGGUUAUCAUUGAGGGCAAGCAGUAUUGAAUGGUGAAAUAUCAAGAUGUGUACAUUUAUUAAAGUAUGACAUUUUGGGAUGUUUUAAGUUGACUAUCAUUUUUAUGUUUGUUCACAUGGUAAACAUGCUCUUUGGUGGAAGGUAAAGAUAUUUUGAGAGCUCAAAGUGGGUUAUUGAAAUGGUGUUUUAAUAAUAGAAUGAUACUUUGUAGAGCUAAUAAAUUUUAAAGCAUUUCUGUAUCACAUUGCCCUGCCAGCAGCAAACUCUGAGUUUUGAUAUAAUUGGCUUAACAAUACUGAUGUCACACCCCCACAUGAUUAUCCACACACAAACACAAAUGCACGCAUAGCAUGGAAGGUAUUAAAAGACACAAGAGAAUAUUUCCAGAAGCUGUAAAACAACAUAGUUACUGGGAAGUCCCUUAUUAAAGAGAUUUAUAGAUAUGUUUGUCCCGAGUAUUGUGAUUACAGAAUACAGUGGAUCUUUAUUUGGACACUCCUAAUCACUCCAACAUCUGACUUUAGUGAAUAUUUUUUUAAAUUGCACCAUAUUAAACAUGAUGUCUGAAAGAAGACUACUCCACAGAUAUGACAUGACUCUAAAAUUGUAUCUUACUGAAUAUUAAACUUUGAUAGUUAAGCAGCUCUGUUGUAGAUUUUAUAUGUACAGAAUUUUUUUGUAUAAUCAUGAUAACCAUUCAUUCAUUUUUCGCUGUUUGUUAGUGGCAUGGGAAACUUACAUUUAAGCUGAGACUUUCAUAGGCUGCGUGGAUUUUGAUGAAAGGUUUACACUUGAGAAAGGACCAGCAGUUCAUGCACUUUCUUCUGUGGCAUUGUGGUGUUAGUAAAAUGUUCCAAGGUAGAUUAAAAAAAAUAUUCCAGACUAAACAAAUCAGGAAUAUUUGAUGAAUACUUGCUGUUUGUACAUGCCUGGUAAGAUCAUCAUACUCUUGUAAAAUCAUCACUUUAUGGCAGUGGUGACUUGAGAUAUCAUUUUAGAUGCAUUGUGUGCUGUAAGUUACAUUUCUAUCAGAACCAUAAGCUGCAAGCUUCUGUGUUAUUGCUUGUUAUCCACAUGAAUAUUUUCAGAGGAAGCCUUGUAGAUUGAUGGUUAGUGUUGCUGACUGGAACAGAACAUCUAGGAUCAUUUAGGGAUAACUAAAGAACUCCCCAUGUUCAUAGUGUAGCUAUUUGUAGUUGAUUUGUGAAUUCCCCAUCUUUCGAAUGUCAAGCCCUAGUCAUAGUGAAUCUUUUUAGGGUCACUACCCAUACGGCCAGCUAGACUAUUCUAAGUUGAACCAAGAAAAAGUAAUGGCAACUCGAUCUAUUCCAAACUUAAGAUUGGCAUACACUAACUGUGGAUGUCUGAUGUCAAGCUCAAACAAUUGUAGCCACUAUGGUUUAUUUUUAGUGAGGUAUAUUUAUUAAAGGUUUGCCUUUCUCAGA